AUGUCGUUCCUCCGGCAACGGCAACUCCCUCCGGUUCUCCUUCUCUCUCUCCUCUUCCUCUCCUCACUCUCUCCCUCCACAUCAUACGAGCUCGACCAACUCUUGAAGAUCAAAGCCUCACUUGAAACUUCAAACCCAACUCUGUUCAGUUCAUGGAACCAAGAAACUCCCACGUGCAACUUCACUGGGAUUGUCUGCAACUCAAAUGAGCUCGUCUCAGAAAUCAAUCUUUCUCAGCAGAACCUCUCUGGCUCUCUUCCUUUCGACGCAUUAUGUUCCCUUCCUGAACUCAAAAAGCUCUCUUUUGGUUCAAAUUUUCUACACGGAAGCCUAACAAAGGAUUUGAAAAAGUGUACUAAUUUGCAGGAACUUGAUUUGGGUAAGAAUUCUUUCACUGGAGAAGUGCCUGAGUUGGGUUCUUUGAGUCAGUUGAGGCUGCUGAGUCUGAAUGCUAGUGGGGUUUCAGGGCUUUUUCCAUGGAAGUCACUUGAGAAUCUGACGGAGUUGGCUUUUUUGAGCCUUGGUGAUAAUGUAUUCGAUCAAAGUCCGAUUACAACGGAGUUGUCAAAGCUUGACAAGCUUUACUGGCUUUACCUCUCAAACUGUAGCAUCACAGGUGAAAUCCCAAAUGGUAUUGGAAACCUGACUCUGCUUAAGAAUCUGGAGCUUGCUGAUAACCAAUUGGUUGGUGAAAUUCCUCAGAGUAUUAUAAAUCUCAACAAGCUUUGGCAGCUUGAGCUUUAUGGUAAUUCUCUGAGUGGGAAAAUCCCAGUUGGGUUUGGCAACCUCAUAAGCCUCAGGAACUUUGAUGCUUCAAGUAACAAGCUUGAGGGUGAUCUCUCUGAGCUCAAGUCCUUGACAGGGCUUGUGUCUCUGCACCUGUUUGGGAAUCAAUUAGUCGGCGAAGUCCCGGAAGAGUUUGGAGAGUUCAAGAACCUUGUUGAGCUCUCCCUUUACACCAACAAGCUCACUGGCUCUCUUCCUCAGAAGCUUGGUUCUUGGUCUGGCAUGGAGUACAUUGAUGUUUCAGAGAACUAUUUGACUGGUCCUAUACCCCCUGGGAUGUGCAAGAAUGAUAGAAUGAUUGAUAUUCUUCUGCUGCAGAACAAUUUCACAGGUGGGAUUCCUGAAUCCUAUGCAGAUUGCAAGUCUUUGGUCCGGUUACGUGUGAAUAACAAUUCACUUUCGGGUACUGUCCCUGCUGGGAUUUGGAGCUUGCCAAAUGUUACUAUUCUUGAUCUCUCCAUGAAUCAAUUUGAAGGUCCCCUCGCUUCAGAUGUUGGUAAGGCUAAUUCUCUGUCAUUAUUACUGUUAAAUAAUAAUCGAUUUUCGGGUGAACUGCCUGCUGCUUUGUCUGAAGCUACAUCAUUGGUUACAAUUCAGCUUAGUGAGAACCAAUUUGAGGGUCAAAUUCCAUUAACAAUUGGGAACUUGAAGAAAUUAGGUAGUCUUCAUUUAGAGCAUAAUAUGUUGUCUGGUGCCAUACCGGACUCACUAGGCUCAUGUGUUAGGAUUUCUGAAAUCAACCUUGCCCAUAACAUUCUCUCUGGCCAAAUCCCACCAAGUCUUGGCUCAUUGCCUAACUUGAACUCCUUGAACUUAUCUGGAAACCAGCUUUCUAGUGAAGUUCCUGCAACUUUGUCAUCUCUCAAACUCAGCCUUCUUGAUCUUACAAACAACCAGUUGUCUGGCCGUGUGCCCCAGUCACUAUCCAUUGCAGCUUUUAAUGAAAGCUUUGCUGGAAAUCCUGGUUUGUGCAGCCAAACCAUGAAGAAUUUGCGGCCUUGUUCUUCAAAUUCGAACUCUCCUAGUCACCCAAGGAUAUUUUUAUCUUCUUUUAUUGCUGGAGUACUUCUUCUGCUUAUUUUGCUUGGUGUGUUCUUGCUAUGGAAGCUAAGGAGGAGUGAUCUUGAUCAACCAUUGAAGAGUAAUUCAUGGACUAUGAAGCAGUACCAUGUGUUAAGCUUCACAGAGAAUGAAAUCCUAGAGUCAAUCAAAGCUGAAAACUUGAUUGGCAAAGGAGGGUCAGGAAAUGUGUACAAAGUACAACUGAGAGAUGGGAAAGCACUUGCUGUGAAGCACAUCUGGACCCCAGCAGACUCCGCUAACCAGAAAACUUAUCGAAGCACUACUUCCAUUUUGAAGAAGCCUAAAACAAGCUCAUCGGAGUAUGAUGCCGAGGUGGCCACACUCAGCUCAUUGAGGCAUGUGAAUGUGGUGAAGCUAUACUGCAGCAUAAGUAGUGAGGACAGCAAGCUGCUGGUUUACGAGUACUUUCCUAAUGGGAGCUUAUGGGAUCAGCUGCACAUGAAUAAGAAGGCCAAGAUGGGGUGGGAAGUGAGGUAUGAGAUUGCUUUUGGGGCUGCAAGAGGAUUGGAGUAUCUCCACCAUGGUAGUCACAGACCUGUUAUACAUAGAGAUGUGAAGUCUAGUAAUAUUCUGCUAGAUGGAGAUUGGAAGCCUAGAAUUGCUGAUUUUGGGCUUGCCAAGAUUGUGCAGGCUGGUGGUGAAAUGACUCAUGUCAUUGCUGGGACACAUGGCUACAUAGCUCCUGAAUAUGCAUAUACGUACAAGGUGAAUGAGAAGAGUGAUGUGUAUAGCUUUGGGGUGGUCUUGAUGGAGUUGGUGACAGGAAAGAGGCCAGUGGAGCCUGAGUUUGGGGAGAACAAGGACAUAGUGAGCUGGGUUUGCAGUAAAAUAACUUGCAAAGAUACUGAGCUUGAAUCGGUGGACUCGAGCAUCGAAGAGGCUCUAAAAGAAGACGCCCUCAACGUUUUGAGCAUUGCAAUUCGCUGCACCGCUAGGGUUCCGGUGCUAAGACCCUCGAUGAGAAUGGUGGUUCAAAUGCUGGAAGAGGCACAACCUUGUCAGCUCACCAGCAUAAGCAUCACCAAGGAAGGUGAAAGUAACCCGAAAAUGGAGCAGAAAUUCCACUACUGAAAAAUGUAGAGUAGUUGCAGUUGGUGGUUUGUGCCUUUUUGCUUUGGGGUAAGAUUAGUCAUAUUGGUCACCAAGACAGAAAGAAAGCUAGUUGAGAGGAAAGAAGCUCCUGACUAUAAAGUUUGGGAGGAGCUGUAUCAGUUAGAUGUAAGCAGAAAUACAUAGUUUUUGUUUUUGCUGCUCACUGAGAGGGGUUUAAUUUGUAAUAUAAUUGCAAUAAUGCAAUCAUUUCUAGUAGAAAAAACAUCCUCAUCAGAUUGAUUGGCUG